AGGUGCUUGUCACAUGCCUUAGGCUAGGAUGUCUCAAUCCAAGAGGAAUGUCUCCGGUGUGUGGACAUUCUUUACUGUGCCAGAUCCUGGAGGAAGUCCAUAUUCGGAGUGCUUGGCUUCUAUUAGACUGGGAAAAACAGGCCAAGCGGCCGCCGGCCAAGGAUUUCCAGGUAACCAUUUGAUGGGAUCAUUUGAAACAUAAGCACCCUUCUAAACACAAGGAAGCAACUGCAAUACGUGAAUCACAGAGGGUCAAGACUCAAGAGACAAAAGUCUGAUGAAGUCGAAGCUGAGCGGAGAUCGAUGUAUCAACUGACAACAUCUAAUCAGCCCACACUGGGGGCAGUCUGGAGCGGCGCCACUGUUACUAGACUGAUGAACGUCAAAAAGAUCUAAAAAGUUGCUCCUGAAAUGGAUUAUUGAUCAGAUGCUCUCUACACGACUGUUGAGAAUGAACAUUUUCAACAGUUUGUUGACGGUUUGAACAAGAAGUUUGACAUACCCUCAGAGAAGGUGGUGCGCACAAAACUGUUUCCUGAAUUAUAUAAUAGAGUACAGUUUAAACUGAAGAAAUUUAUUGACUGAAAGGAGCUGAUUACAGUCUGAGCUGUGAUGUUUGGUUGUCAAAAGCGCUGGAUUCCUAUUUGGGGGUCAUAAUACACUUCGUAACUACAAACUUCGAAAGAAAAGUUAUUGUACUGAGAUGCCUUCCCUAUAACCGAGCACAUACCGGCAUGGGGUCUGUCCGAAGAGAAACUUCACUGCGUUAUCAGCGACACUGCUUCGAACAUGAAAAAGGGUUUGUCCGCCUGGAUCCUGUUUUCUCCAUCUACUGAAUCUCAUCGUAAAGAAUUCUGUUUUUCUCAAAGUGGAGUUAACCGGCUUAUCAAAAAGAUCAAGAGUCUUAUCAAGGAGUUUAGAACCCCUGCAGGUAAACGUCUACUGAAUGAAAAUCAAGCAGUAGAGGCAACUCUCAUCAGACCAGUUGCAGUGGACACGAGAUGGAACAGUUAUUACAUGAUGUUCCAGGCCUUUCAGAAUAAAAAAUAUGCAAUAACAAUCACCGCUCAAAAUGCAGAGUUAUCGUUGUCUGCAUCUCAACAGAUGACUCCUCACGAUUGGGAUCUUCUGACCAAAGCUAUUGCGGUACUGAAGCCAUUCUACAUCACCACAAAAGCGGCGGAGGGGGACAUGGUUUCUGUUUCGGAGGUUAUCCCAAAUAUAAAGAAACUGGAUUACGCUAUCAGGAGCAUAUCCUCAAGUGGAGUCGGAACUCUGAAACCCACGCUGCUUUCCGAAAUGUAAAACCAAGAGACUGAAGAAAUCCAAAGAUAGUGCAGCGAUCUAAAGAGAAUGAGUUAGAAGACCUUCGAAAUCUGAAAGUGGAGUCGCUCUACCUUGACGGGAGAAAAGAUGCAGCAUUGUGAUGAGCUUAGGAUCGACAUUCGACAACUCGCCACUAAGAUCUUGUGGCUGUUACGCCACUAACGUCAACACCGGACGUCACAAUGGGAUUAUAGCCCUCUUAGAGAAGAAUUUUGGAUGGGAAUUGCAAAGAUUUAUUUGGUGCCUUUAUAGACCUGCCAUUAAAACAUUUAAGGGGUUCUGAGUCCUGAACUGUCGAGAGAACGAAUUGGUCCUCUCAGCCACGCAAGGUGGAUUAUAAUGCAGUAGAGUUAGUUAUAUUAUCAAUAUUUACUUACCGCUUGAUUUGAAUAUGAAGUAUAAAAGCUCAUUCCGAGUUGUGUUCUAUGAGUAAGCUAGAUGGUAGCAUAUUUAUUUUAAAGGGAUUAGAUUUAUUUAUGUUUUGUUUUAGAACCAUCUACUUCUGAGCUGCCCUGUCAAAAUUAAAAGGGUGUAUAGGUUGUCCCGGCAAAAGCCUCCUUAAAUUAUUAAUGGACGAUCCUAAAGACCGUAAUUUGGUCAUGAACACUUCAGAAGAAUUGAAUGAAAUAAAGGAUAUUGCCCGCUGUAAACAAUGUCGGAGGAACCGUUAUUGUAGCUUUUGCCCAUUUUACGGUGUGAAGAUGUUUUUACCAUGGUAAAUUCGGUACACGUACUCAAGUUCGACACGCACUGUAGUUCGUCACUUACUGUAGUUCGACAAACCCUGAGGUUCGACUCUGUCGAACUAAAGUGCUCUAUCAGGACUCAAGUUCGAUACGCACUAAAGUUAGACAAGAGAACUUUGACUGUCGGACUACACUUUUGAAAUCUCCAAUAUCCAGCAACGAUCCUUUACGAGCUUGAAAUCUAUUCGUUUGUUUGUUUUCCACUUCUCUCAUGCUGUUCAAUUAUGUGUUUAUAUAAUUUCUAUAAUCCAUAUCUAUGGACAUUUAA